UUGUUUUAAACAUAUUAUAUUCUUAAUUGAUAUACACUGCCGGUUGUAGAUGACUUGGUCAAACCUCACACAGUACGCCUGACUUCUACAAAAGGAUGACACUGUCAAAAGAAAGAAAGAAAAUGAUGAUACCUUGUAAGACCUUUCGAAUACAUGUCGUCUGCUAAGCGAUCACGUGAUCCUCCUAAUCCGGGCAAUGAGCCAACGGAAGAAUUAGGGUAUCCUGCAUUGGUACAAUACACGUUUGUCCCGAACGACACAGAGAGUUCGGAAAUCCUCGUCUCGGAAGGUGAUAUUGUUCAAUUGGUGUAUAAAGUAGGAGGUUGGGUGUUUAUAAGAACGUAUGAAGGAAAAGUUGGUUAUAUACCAUUUUCUUUCUGCAAAGAACUAGAAAGCUCUAAAGAAGUAGGAUCAACAUAUAGUGACACUGGAUUAAAAGGAAAAUCUUUUGACAUUCCAGAAUUUGGUGAUUCGAACCACUCUAAACUAGUGCAUUCUUUUACUGAAAACAAAUUUCUUCGCCGGUCUAAAAGUGCUGUGGGAAAUUCUGAACGUGCUCAUUUCAGACAUCAGGCUAAAUCAGAAAAAAGAGUUCAUUUUGCAGAUCAGCCAAAGAGUCGGAAUUCAUGUGAUAUCUGUUGUAAUUUUUUAACAAGCUUUAGUAGUAUUGAUCGUAAUACUCCUAAUGUUGGUCAAAAGAAAGUAAAUUUAAAGCCUCAUAAGCUGCUUAAACUGUUACAGACAAUUUCUAAAGAAGGUUUCGUAAACAGUGGUAAUACGAGGCCACCAAACAAUGCACAAUCAUGUUUCGGUCAAAUCACAGAUAAUCGUAUUAACAGAAGAAAGAGUAGUGACUAUGAAUUCCCUAUAAAAUUUGGAAAUUAUUGUAAUCAGUGUGAUGUUUUAAAAGAUAUUUUCAAAAACGCAAAUAGGUAUUCCAUGUCUGAUCUUUAUUCAACAAUCCGCAAUUUGCAUUCACAUGCUUUGACGGAUUCGGAUUCGGAAGAGGAGGAAAACAGUGAAAGAUAUGACGUAACAGAAAAUAGUUUACCAAACGCACAAAAUGGCGGCGUGCACAAUAUGUCACCUCUUGAAAACAAUUCGAAGAGGUCGAUUUCAUAUCAAGAUCCAGAAUCUAAACAGAAAGUGGAAAUCGUGAGGAAUAAUUCGUUCAGUGGAAUAACAGAUAAUGAGAGAAGUGACUUUACGAAUGGUACUUUGUCUUCGAUUGAUGCAUCUCACUCUGAUACGAGAAAAAUAUCAACUAUAACUGCCGUUGCUUGUACUAGAGCUGCAAAAUUUACGCACAAUAAAAGUAUUGAUAGUGCACAAAAAAGUCCAGGACUACAGAAUCAUAAAAUUAACAACUUUUUCCCUGAAAAUCAAUCUUCUAAUUUAUGUCCGCCACUUUUGAAUGGAUAUGAUGAAGAUAUAACAGAAUUCAGAUCAGCGGAAUAUCAUCCGCCCUUAGUGAAAAAAUGGCGACCCGCAAAUACUUCAUUAUCUUCUGAAUCAGUUAUUAAAAGACCGCCUGGAAUAGUACGAGAGCAAACGUUUGAAUUCGAAAGCACGAGACAUAAAGAAGUAAAUUUUAACGAUCCAAAAAAGGAAAAUUUGAAUUUGACUUCUUCUGGAGCAAAUAAAAGUCUUAUUGGUAAAAUAAAUUCUCCAAUUCGAAGUUUUACAAUGGAUAGUAGAAGAAAGCCAAUUGUUUCAAAUGGUGAUUUUAGUUUGGAUGAUGACGAAAAUAAUUCGCUGGAACCAUCAUCGCCUAACGGAUGUCCGACAGGGGCGAUAACAAAGUGCUUUACAACGUAUGGGCAUCCCACAGGCUUUCAAAGUGGUGUCAAUACGGGUAAAUCUUUAACACUUGAUAGGCAACUUAGACAUUCUAGUCAAUUUUCAGAUCGUGAAACUGUUGAUAAAGUUGAAAAGAAACAUAAUAAUGAAAGUGCUUAUCAGGAUUAUGAUAACAAUUAUCCAAAACAAACUGAAACCGAUAGCGCCAUUGAUCGGCGGAAAAUCGUUGCCAGAAAAGUUAAUCCAGUUAUAAGGUCUCCGAGGAAUCUAAUGUCCAACAGUGGACCCUUAAUUGGAAGGAAAAAUGACAAAGACAUCCGCAAAUCACUCUUAGAACAUUCAGUAAUGAAAAAGACUCAUGGCAAUUCUACUGAGAUGCGUGCACAGCCAAUGCGAACUCAGCCCAUGCGUGCACAGCAUGACUUUGCAAGCCAAAACGAGUCUGCGUCUGGGAGGACUCCUCCAGUGUUAGUGAAAAAGUUCAAUAAACAAAUGUGGCGACCGUCAUUAGCGGGAUCGGAAGAAGGAUCCGACCAAAGACCAUUUUCACCAUUCGGAGGAACUCUUCCUCCAUCGAAAAUCGUGAAAAAGAAGGUUGUAGAAGUAUUUGUUUAACAUGGAGUAACAUUGAUUCAUGCUUGUUCUGCUGCAUAUACAAUUUGUCUUUAUUGUUAAUACGUUUAUUGUUAUCAACAUGUGUACUGAAGUUAUAAAAAGUCAGCUGUGAUACUAUUAAACAAGUGUUGGUAUAUAAUCAUAAAUCACCAAUACUGUG